GGCUGGUUUUCCUUCAGUUUCGAGGGGAGACUAAACGCGCGCUGCUGCCCAACGAGAUCACGUCGCUGGACACGGUAAAGGCCCUCUUCGUCCGGUCCUUCCCCAACCAGCUGACCAUGCAGUACCUCGACUUGCCCUCCGUCAAGAUCUACAUUCAUGACUCCAACAAGGACAUGUUCUAUGACCUCGAAGAUCUAGGGGACAUACGAGAUCGGUCGGUGCUGCGGGUGUUUGAAGGGGAAGGCGUGAACGGCCAGGGCGGCGGCGCCUGGGACCACGACCAGUCCUACUUCAGUGAACCCGAGUUCGAGUCCGACUUCCAGCAGCAACACGUUCACAACAAGUCUAAGGUACGUGUAGCCUCGUGUCACCUCUUAAGGUAAACCUUGUCUUAAUAG